AUGAAUGUCUGCCCUAUAGGCCGUAGCUGUACCCAAGAAGAGCGAAUGUCUUUUGUUGAAUACGAAAAUAAAUUUCCUGUUCGUCAAGACUUUGUAAAGGCAUUAGAACAACGAUUUCCAGUAAACGAACAUUCACUCAAAUUUUCAAUUGGUGGACAAAUAAGUAUCGAUAUAUUCCCCUCUGGGUGGGAUAAAACAUUCUGUUUGCGAUAUUUGGAACCCAAAUAUGAGGCUAUUCACUUUUUUGGUGAUAAAACGACGCCUGGAGGAAACGACUACGAGAUUUUUAUUCAUCCUGGCACUGUUGGACAUAGUGUUAGUGAUCCUAUUGAUUGCUGCAAACAAGUGACUGAAACAUUGAGUCAAUUGGGACUUUGA